AUGUUUUGGGGGGUGAGGGGGGGUCAUGGGAGUUCAUGGGACCACUGAAAAUACACAAAACAGGUACGAACUCAAUGCAAGUUGAAGUCAGUUAAAGCAUACGAAUAAUUUUCUUCUACUGUUACUCGUUACAAAAUAUAUAUGAUUGCGUGUUCGUUUUUUUGUGUGAAGUACCCCUUUAACCAGAACAUGAAUGGGGAACAAUGGAGAACACAAGAGGGCUCGCUCGCCGCGGUCACGAGAGCACUUGGGGGAGUGACGUCACUUUCCUAAACCGGGCAACAGCCGCUGAGUGGAGUUGAGUCGCGAGCGAGAGACAGGCAGGACUCCGCGAGCAGCUCAACUUUUAAUGUAUGCGGGCCGAGUCUGGCCAGUGUGUGGAGAAGAAGCCCUGCGUUUUUCUCCUUUAUGCAUGCUCCUGCUCGGCUCAGCAACCCCACGACUCGCUGUUUUCUCACCGGUUCGGUAGCUAUAAACUGGUCUUGGCACAAAAAUCGGUUGUGUGUCAGUUUCUUUUUAAGAGUCCAGCCUUCCUGAGACUGCAACUCAUUACAGGUCCUGACGGAGUGAUUGAGUGAGUGACUGCAUGGACCGGACUGAACAUGAAGAGCCUUAAAGCCAAGUUCAGAAAAACUGAUACUAAUGAGUGGAACAAAAAUGACGAGCGCCUGCUUGCUGCCGUGGAGCACGGAGAGGUGGAGAAGGUGGUGUCGCUUCUUGCCAAGAAAGGUGCGAGCGCUGUAAAACUAGACAGCGAGGGAAAAUCAGCACUUCAUGUGGCAGCUGCUCGAGGUUUGACUGACUGCCUGUCUGUCAUUCUGUCUCAUGGAGCUGACCUGUCAAUCACUGAUGGUGCAGGUUUGAAUCCGUUACACCUGGCUGCCAAAAACAAUCACAUCGAGUGCUGCAAAAAGCUCAUUCAGAGCAAAAGUCCUGUUGAUGCCGUCGACAGCUCAGGGAAAGCUGCUCUGCAUCACGCUGCUGCCAGCGGGAGCAUCCAGGUCGUCCAGCUGCUGUGUGAACUCAAAAGUCCCAUCAACCUGAAAGAUGCAGAGGGACUCACCCCCUUGCUGUUGUCGGCCAAACACGCUCAUGCUGAAGUGUGCAGCUCUUUGCUGGACUGUGGGGCUGAAAUCAACACAUCUGACAAUAGUGGCAGGACAGCCUUGAUGCUUGCCUGUGAGUCCAGUGCUGUGUCUGUUGUAGAAGUUUUGGUUCAGCGAGGAGCAGAUCUGUCAGCUGUGGACUCACAGGGCCACGAUGUCACACACUAUGCCAAACUGUCCGGGAACGCUGAGGUCAAAGCUGCACUCACUGCUGCCCUGAACAGACAACAUGUCACAGAUUUAAAGUCUCCUAAAAGUCCUCAGCAUGAUCAAGUAGCUAAGCUAAGUGAUGAGCGGAUCACAACUCCCAAAAAACGAAAAGCACCUCCACCUCCUAUUAGCCCACUGCAGAGUUCUGGACCCUCCUCUCCUUCAUUAAUCACAUCCACUGGGACCCCAUCAUCCAACAAAAGUGACACUCCCAAAAGAUUCAUCUACAAGGAGGAUGAAGUUCGAGGAACGGUGCUGAAAGAAGAAGUUGAGAAGCUCCACGAGGAAAGAAACAUGUUACUGGAGACGAUCGAAGACCUGAAGCAGUCGGUGGAGCAGACCGUGACUUUUCCUGAACUGGAUACGAAGGUCGAGCAUGGUUUUACUGCGUCUGCAGCUCUUGUGUCUGCUCUGCAAGCCAAGAUCAAUGCUCUGACUUUGGAGAACCAGCAGCUUGCAGGCAAACUCAAGAAACAUCCAUCCUUCUCUGGAAACGAGGACCUGAAGGAGGACAGUCGUCCAGACAGCAUGGCCUCCAACUCCUCCUUCCACUCCACCCAGGAUGAGUUUGAAUCCCUGCCACAGGUGGAAAGAGAAGGAGUCACUGGUGGUGUUUCUAUCAAAAGAGAGGAUGAAGAGGGUGAAGGAGGGCGAGGAGGGAGCAAAGAUGAGAUCAGACUAUUGAAGCAUGCGCUGGGGGGAGUUCAGAACAAACUGUUAGAAACCAAGAAGGAGAACCGCUCACUUCAGGCCCAGCUAAGACCUGAGAGAGAAAGAGAGGAGUGUGAAGGUGUGAGGGAGAAAGGACGAGAGGCGGAGCUGAUGGAGAGUCUGGCGGAGCUCCAGGCAAAGCUGACAGACACUCAGGAGAGAUACCAUCAGGCUGUGGAGGAGGUGGAGGAGCUGAGAGCGCUUAUGAGCACGGGAGAAGGUGAAGAGGUCCAGGGACGUUCAUCAUCCACACUGGAACAGGAAGUGAAACAUCUAAAGGUCCAGCUCAUUCAAUCAGGAUCUGAGAAAGAGAAAGCAGCGCAACAAAUCAGACAGCUGGAGGAGGUGAUGAAGAGAGUGGAGGAGGAGAGACGGGAUGGAAAAGAGAAUGAGCAGAAGACUGUACAGAUUAAGGAACUCUACAAGGAGGCACAGGAAGAGAUAAGGAUGCUCCAGGAGGCUCUGAGGGGCACAGUGCCUGUUGAAGCUGCAGCCAAAGACUUCGAAGAGAUGAAGUCCGAGCUAAACGAGGUCGUCACCGGUCUGCAGCGCCGCCUGCUGGAACUUUCACACUCCUACAGCGAAACCAAGAGUCAGCUAAGCGCUGCACAGAAACAGCUGGCCGAGACCCCACCUGAGAGCAGCACGGCCGCGUCUCCCUCCUCAGAACAGCAGCAGGCACAGGUGCUCAACAGCAAGGUGGAGGAGCUGCAGGCGUCGCUGGCUGAGACAGAGAAGAAGAACUUAACCGCUCAAGAGGAGAUUUCACGGCUGAGGCAGGAGGCUGAAGCCCAGGCGCAGAGCUCAGUCUCCCUUGCCGAUCACACGCAAGUGAUGUCAUCGCUAGGAAACGCCAUCAAAGAGCUGGAGAGUCAGUCAGAGGCACUCAAAGAGCAGCUACACCAGAAAACGCAGCAGGUGGAGGCUCUUCAAAACAGGCUGACAGCAGAGAAGGAUGUCACCCCAGAUGAUUCAGUGUCCCGGGUGGAGCAUGAGACCACUCGAGAGCAACUGGAGGGCGAGGUGAACCACCUGACGCAGCUCCUCCAGGAGGCCCUCAGGAAGCAGGACGAGAUGGCUCUGGAGGCUGCUGAUGCCUGGCAGAAGGCACGGGACAAUCGUGCAGAGCGGGAGGCCCUGCAGGAGCUGUUGAUGUCCAGGGAGAAGGAGAACCAGACAUUGACCUCAAGACUGGCCGAGUCCCAGGACGCAGUGUGUCAGCUCAAACAGCUGGUUGAGAAUCACGUCGCCUCUGAGAGGGAGAAGAACAAAAGGAUAGACGACCUGUCACGGGAAGUGGGAAAGCUGAAGGACGCCUUAAACAGCCUAUCACAGCUCUCCUACAGCUCGGGUUCUCCCUCCAAGAGGCUGCAGCAAAACCAACAGCUGGAGACGAUGCAGCAACAAAUCAAGCAGCUGCAGUACCAGCUCGCUGAGUCAAAGAAACAGCACAAUGAGAUAGUGUCAGUCUACAGGAUGCAUCUCCUUUAUGCUGUCCAGGGUCAGAUGGACGAAGAUGUCCAGAAAGCCUUGAAGCAGAUCCUGAUGAUGUGCAAGAUGCCAACUCAAGCCAAGGAGGCCUGCUGAGACACACACAGUUUCCUAAAUGCAUUUUGAGCACUAAAAAAAACUGAAGUGUACUGCUGCUGUCAGCUGCCUCCACCUCCACACGUCUACUGGUCUGAAUUCACAUGUUGCUUGUGCUGCUUACAAGCAAGGCCAACUACACAUGGUGCCUCUGGAGAAACCUUGAGUAUUUGUUAAUGAGGAACAGGUUUACAAUCUUCUGUCAAUGCCUUUUGUUAGUGUUGUUUUGGACGAUUGAGAUCCACAGUUUUAGUACUGUUAAACAGACAUCUGACUAUUACAUAUGGAUGAGUGAUGAGUUAUCUUCUGUCACAGCCAAACUCAAUGUGCACAUACGCACUACACUGUCAUUGAGCAGUGACUUUACAGCACACACGGUUAAACAAUGCAAAGAUGUUAGUGUGACAUAAACAAACAGGAACACGUCCACUUAUUAGUGAGAGGAAUCCAGUUUGAUGUAGUUUGUUUCUGUUACAACGUGCGCUUCGUAGAAUAAAAGCCUCGGUUGGCGCUGCUGUUCAUAGUAUCUAUUUUAUGACACAAGUGUUUUUUGUGCUUCCAAUGUUUUGCGGUUGUCAACAUUGUUUGAUCUAAAUUAUUUGCCCUCUUUAAUGCAUGUGACCAUACUCAACGUCAGCCAAGACAUCACAAACAAGUGAUUUUCAGUCGCACUUCUCCGAAGAAUAAGCAUGAUGCUGUUUGUAUUGAUAUUUUCUUUAUCGGCACAAAAGUAUAUCAAAUUGUAUUUUACGGAAUUGCCUUUUCAUGUUUUCUACGUUACUGUUCUUUGUGAAGAGGUUUGAAAGUUGUAUGUUGACGGCCGGCCUUGUUUUGUGUGAAUAAGAUGUAACAAAGCACUAUCCAGUCCAGUGACACCUGAAAUAGUUCAUUAUCUGAUAUUAUCCAUAUUUUGCAUUAAAGUGGUCGAAUAGAUUUGUUUACAGUAGAAGAAAAAAACAUUUCAGUGUAACACAUUUGCAUCCACUAGGCUCAGUAUUGUUUUUCUUUUUGUAAUUCUUGUGUUUCCCCUUGUUUACUCCUCUCACUAAGGUCUUUUGUGUCUUACUUGAAAAGCAUGCAUAUUGUUGGCUGCAAGCAAUCUCACUCGUAUUUACCUUCCCUCUACAAUCUUAUUAAUUUAUUUACAUUAACCCUGAUGUUAUAUCUCUGAGUGUUCUUUGUAGGUACGGUUAUAAACUCUGCUUUGCUUGGGAAUACAUUUCAAAUGCAUUUCUACCAAUAAGUCUUCUUUACUGUUUUACUCCACACUCCUUUGCCUUGGUAAAGUACUUAAAGCCAUACACCCCAAGAGGUCCCUACAAUAACACUAGCUCUGUAGAACUGUUGUUUGGUUGAAUGAAUUUAUACCCGACCGACGCCCUCAUCCUUGUUUCUCUCUCAGGAACAUUUUUAUACUGGCGUGAUUGACGCUUGACUGAGAUUUGUUUGAUCCCGAGUAGAGCGUUUGUAUAUUUCAAGGUUGUAGAAUAUCUUAAACUACUCCUUUCUUUUCCUCUCUUUGUUUUGACUGAAAUGUUUCGUAAAAAAUAAAAGGGAAAAGACGGAAACAACUUUUCUGUUUGAUCGCUAACAAUUUUGUAGUUACAUGAAAAAAAAAGUUAUUUUGCCAACUGCUUUUUUGCCUGCAUUAAUAAAUUUUCAAGAUACUGUA